CAGCCGCUUGGAUCCUGGUUAUGUAAUGCGUCGGAUGCUGCCGCACGCCACAGAGACGCAGGGGUUAACAAACACGGACGGAUGGCUGAUUUAGAGGCAAAUCACGGCGUGUUGGUUUAUUAGCGAGCAGAGCUCUGCUGCCUACAACUAGGAUGAAAGCUGUGAAUCGUUGAAGCACCGACUGUUUGGAGCCCAUCUGGGCAUCAGUGGCCUAUCUAUCUCUCCCUGGGGUGCACAGACGUCUGGAGCCUGCAGAAGCUGCUCUCUGUCUUUAUUGUUUGAAGCCGAAGAAAGGCGCGUCUCGGUUUGAAUAGGCCUCCUUUAUCAGUGGAAAUAAACCAAUGCGGGUUUGUUUUGGAGAAGUAUCACACUCAGAUCUGUUUCGAAGACGCAUCGGUUCAGCCCAUCAGCAGCCACAGAGGUGUAGUGGUCCAAACAAUGGCGGGUCCCGAGCAGUCCCAGCAGCAGCAGCAGGUGGAGGAGAAGGCAGAGCACAUAGAUGAUGCUGAGAUGGCCCUGCAGGGCAUCAACAUGCUGCUCAACAAUGGAUUUAAGGAGAGCGACGAGCUCUUCAAGAGAUACAGGACCCAGAGUCCACUGAUGAGCUUUGGAGCCAGUUUUGUCAGUUUUCUGAAUGCUAUGAUGACUUUUGAGGAGGAGAAGAUGCAGAUGGCCUGUGAUGACUUGAGGACCACAGAGAAACUGUGUGAGAGCGACAGCGCCGGAGUCAUCGAGACAAUUAGGAAUAAAAUUAAGAAAAGUAUGGACUCUCAGAGGUCAGGCGUGGUUGUAGUCGACCGCCUGCAGAGACAGAUCAUCGUUGCAGACUGUCAAGUGUACCUUGCCGUGCUCUCCUUCGUCAAGCAGGAACUUUCAGCUUAUAUCAAAGGAGGCUGGAUUCUCCGUAAGGCAUGGAAAAUGUACAAUAAGUGCCACAGUGACAUCAGCCAGCUGCAGGAGGCGUGUCAGCGGAGGUCCUCCGUCAAUCAGGAGUCUCUUACCGCCGACAACGCCAACCACAACGCACCAGUGGAGAACGGCGUGACGGCUGAGGCCCUGGACCGCCUCAAAGGCUCCGUCAGCUUCGGCUACGGCCUCUUCCACCUGUGCAUCUCUAUGGUACCACCACACCUGCUGAAGAUUAUCAACCUGUUGGGUUUCCCUGGAGACCGUCUGCAGGGUCUGUCCUCCCUCAUGUACGCCAGUGAGAGCAAAGAUAUGAAGGCGCCUCUAGCUACGUUGGCCCUCUUGUGGUACCACACAGUAGUGCUGCCUUUCUUUGCUCUGGAUGGCUCAGACACAAAUGAGGGGCUACUGGAAGCCAAAGCAAUCCUGCAGAGAAAGUCAGUGGUUUACCCAAACUCUUCUCUCUUCAUGUUCUUUAAAGGACGGGUCCACAGGCUAGAGUGUCAUAUCAACAGCGCUCUGGCCUGUUUCCAUGAUGCAUUAGAGCUUGCAUCAGACCAAAGAGAGAUCCAGCAUGUGUGUCUCUAUGAGAUUGGUUGGUGUAGCAUGAUAGAGCUGAAUUUUGAGGAUGCGUUCAGGUCAUUUGAGAGGCUUAAGAAUGAAUCACGCUGGUCACAGUGCUACUAUGCAUACUUGACUGGAGUAUGUCAAGGUGCUUCAGGUGACUUGGAUGGAGCAAGUGGAGUUUUCAAAGACGUGCAGAAGCUGUUCAAGAGGAAAAAUAACCAGAUAGAGCAGUUUGCUGUCAAAAGGGCUGAGAGAUUGAGAAAAACCUCGCCCACCAGAGAGCUAUGUAUUCUGGGUGUAAUCGAAGUUCUGUAUCUGUGGAAAGCACUCGCAAACUGCUCCGCAACUAAACUGCAGAUAAUGAACCAAGUGUUACAGAGUUUAGAUGAAUCUUCCUGCAGAGGCCUGAAACAUCUCCUUCUUGGAGCCAUUCACAAAUGUCAUGGAAAUAUGAGAGAUGCUAUUCAGGCAUUCCAGCUGGCUGCAAGAGACGAGUACGGAAGGCAGAUCAACUCAUACGUUCAGCCGUACGCCGUCUACGAGCUCGGAUGUAUACUUCUCGCUAAACCUGAGACUGUUGGAAAGGGGAGAUCAUUGCUUCUUCAAGCAAAGGAGGAUUUUACAGGCUACGACUUUGAGAACAGGCUUCAUGUGCGCAUCCAUUCAGCCUUGGCGUCGUUGAAGGAAGUAGUGCCUCAGUGACUCCAUAAUGGGGAAGCUCCAAUGGCCUAAGCUAUGCUAAUAGCUUUUUACACCAAGUUUAAAGACAUUCAGAUAACCGUACGACAUCCCAGUAAACUGACUCCUGUGUUUUUCAUUGUUCCAGUAUGUAGGGAAAUAUAUUUGUUACCAGGUCAGACUGAUAUGAAGUUUCAUCUCUUUGCUAGAUAUUAAAACCCUAUCAUGCUAGCUUAGGAGAAAGCACAUAGAAAUUGCUAGCUUAGCUAUGGCUAGAACUAUAUGCCUUCUCUAGAGCUAUAAUAUCAGUACAGACUUGUAAGUUUUCUCAUCAGCAAAUUUAUAACCCUGUAUAAAGAUGUAUCUUAAGGUUUUAUAGGAAGUGCAUUUUUUUCAGUUUCAGACAGCUGUUUCUUCUCGCUUCAGUUUUUAGCGCUAAGCUAGGCUUAGCCUCGGAUGCAGAGAGAUGAAACUGAUUAAAGUCUUUGAUAAACAACAAACAUAUUUCAACAAAUGUCAGUGUUCCUUUGAGUGUUCUCUGCACCCAAACUAUACGUAGACUGUAUGGACAACACAUCUUUGGAAACUGAAGCCAAACCCCCCAUGACUAAUGCUGACAUGUUGAUCUGCUGACAAUUUUGGAGCUAAGGCAUGCACAGAAGGGACUGACUACAGUUAAAGCCUCGCCUUCUAACCAAAGCUAACCAAAACACACUUAACUUACAGAUAAAACACUAUAGAUCCCUCAAACAGCUAAGGUCCACAGCAGAACUAAUUCUUAUCACUUUGUGAUAAGAAAAUUUAAUGACACUUGACUUAAUGAUGGAUCAUAUUUUCCCAUGACUUCACCAGUGCAAUGGUAGGUAUUAAGGACAGGGCCAAACUCCUGCCUUCUGCCACAUCCUACCUUUGUGAGAAGAUUUUUUUUCAGUUUAUUAAUAGAUGUAUCUGAUUAGCUCUAUGGUGAAGGGUGGGAGGCUUGAACAUAUUUUAAUUUGCCAAAAGGAGCCUGGCAGAAAAAGUUGGGAACCAGUAGGGAAAGGGGCUCGGCUAGCCUCUAAGCUCCGUACAAAACUCCACAAGACUCUUACUCUUUUUGUCUGGCUAGACAACACUAGAAGGUCUGCAGGACUGAGUAAUUUGCAAUACUGAUUGCCUCCACGCCAGGUAAAUCAGUUUAACUGUAGGAAAAAACAGGCGUUUUUGAAUGUGACCUCCUCAGCUUUUUCAGUCAGCUUCAAGUGGACACUCAAGGAUCUGUAGGAUUUUGCGCACCAUUGGGUCCAUUUUCAACACGAUUGGCCUCCGAUUCCUACUCCAGUCAGCUAAUUUGGAGGAGCCACAUUUGUAAACAGAGCUGUCACAUUCCCAUUUUUGUCAUGAGAUAACUAAUUAAAACAGAACUACUCACUUGGAAAUACAUAAUCAUAUCAAGAUUUAACUGAUUUAAUUUGGUGCCUUUAAAUGGGGUUGUGUUUCCAUUUUCAAGAGAAGGGAAAACAAGCUGUGGCAGGUAUUAAUCUAUAUCUGAUCACCUUUGUCAUCUUGUCUCUUGUUCCUCUAUAAACAAAGUCUGGAGGAGAACAAGCAGUCUUUUGGCAUCCAUGUUGCUGAUGCCAAGCAAUGACAGUUUCCGGUAUGACUUCCUGACACAGCCUGGCAAGUUUAAGAUUUACAUUUUAAGGCAGAAAUACACUAUUUUUGUCUUAAUCUAUUCUAAUGUCAAGUGUGACCCAUGUUCCAGAUGUUAACAUGGAGGAGGCAGGGUUUAUUACCCAUACAAACAGCUUGUCAGAAGGGGGUGCUCCAAAUAUUUUGGCUUCACUUUUCUCCCGCUUCUGUGUUGUCCAUUCUUUAUACAGUCUAUAACCUAAACCUAUUAGCUUUCUGGGAUCAGUUUCCCUCAUUAACUUGUGUAUUUGAAGGAUUUCAGUCAUGCCUUUACCUCCCUUCAAUAAGCAAAUAUUCAACACAUGAAAAGAACUUUCAUAUUCCCCUUCAGUAGUAGUAACUUAAAAAGAUACAGGUGGUAGAUUUUUUCACAUUCCUUAAAGAAGCGUAUGCAUAUCUGCUUGUUAAAUUGCAAAAGGGGCCACUUAUUAAACUUAGUUACUUGAAAAAAAAGAAAACCACUAGUCUUAAAAAUCACUAGUCACCUUAAAUCACACAUAGUAACAACUCAGCUGUUGUGAGUUAACACUAGUAGUUAUACAUUUUUGAUUUUUAGUAUCUGUAAUUGGGAAAUCACAACACUUCACAAUGCCCUUAUGAUGUUUUUACAUAGAUAAAUAGGGCAUUGAUCCUGUGCACUAUGCAUGGUAUGGCAGGGUAACAAUGACAUUAAGGCUGUACACCUAUGUUCAUCCCUGCAAAUACAUGGAGGUAUUAUCACACACACAACAUUGGUACUGUACACCUUUGAAAGGUGCUGCUAAAUGUCAGCCUAUAACAUAUAUUACUGUGGUUUAUUUUAGUAGUGUUUUGGUGGUAAAAGCUUCUGAAUUAAUCCAUCAUUGUAAACCUUGGAUUUAUUAAGUAAAAGCACUCACAACUGUCAUUUAGAGCAGUGGUUCUCAGCCGGUCUAGCCUCAAGACCCACCACCCUCUCCUAAAUGAGAAUCCACAUUCCAAAAAGUUUUCAACCAAACAGAUUUUUUAGUGCAGCUUGGACUUUGAGUGGAACAAACAUGUUUUUAAAAGUGUGUCAUUACAGAAGCUAUGGUGGAACAUGCUUUCACAUAGGUUAUUUUGCUUCAUUUCCUUUGAUAACAUUAAUUUUCUUUGUUUACUAGAGCUCUUGAGAAAUUAACACAAUAUCAUGGGUAGCUUUGUUAUUGCAAGAUAAAGUGUAGAAAUGUCAGGAUUUUGAGAAAACAAACACAAAUGUACUUUUUAACACAGGAAAAUGGAGAAAAAAUAAUCUGUAUGGGCAUGUGUCCACUCUGGGCCUCUGUACAUCAGACUUUUUGCUAUUUUCUGUACUUUGCAGAACUUUUAGGCAUGUUGGGCCAAAACUGAGGCUGAAGUGAAGCAUGUAAUGGAGAGUAAGGAUUGACACAACCCAGGUCGUGAUCUGGAUGUCCUUGCAUAUUACCUGGGGCAUGGGAGAGUAAUCUGUUGGAAAAAUAAGAAAGACCACACCUUUAGGGCGGGGUAAGGGGUGGAUUAGGCGAGUAAGCACAGCCAAGGGUACCAUCCUGGUGGGUAGUAGUGUUGCCACAAGCCCCUGGUUGUGCUGUGGAUGUCCCGAGAGCCUGAAAAACCCCGGCGGUCUCUGGGCGUAUCACCGGGGAUUAGAAGUCCCAGACAAAAAGAAAAAUGCUAUCGAGCUUGACCUUUGCUGCUGAGGGACACGGCUGUCAACAUGAAUCCACUUGACUCUGCCCCCGCCCAUCCCCACCCCUGGGUUGUAGCACACUGGGCCCAAUGAUGAAUCCUGCAUGCCUAAAACGAAUGCACAUGACUGUAUAUAUAUAUUUUUAGCAAUCCACUUUGGGUCUUGACCCACCAGUUGAGAAUCACUGACUUACAGCACUAUUUUAGUUUAAAUUUGGAUUUACAAAUCCUGGAUUUGCCAGUAGUAGAGACUGCAAUGAUUUUACAAUAACCAACUGUCUCAGCACUGUACAUAUGAACUAUUCUGUACAGGUUAUUGCCUUUUCUUAACAUCACUCAGAGUAUUUGUCAUGCAAGCAAUAUCAGCAAAAAGAUACAGAGGUUUUCAACAUUGACUGUGUGUUUUUCAUUCCAUAUUCGAAGUUGUGGAUUUUUUUUGCUCUCUCUUAAACCUGGCUGGACAAUGCCAGUAAUCAUCCCCUGUGGCUGUGAUGGAUGUAAACUGUUGUAAAUGUUCAGCUGACCGCUGUGCAGGCGGUCUGUGCGGUGCAAGUCGAGUAACGGUGAAAUGUUAGUAACCCUCCUGCUGUACCAAAAUACUUCUGUCACUGAAAAAUUUUGUUUGUCAUGAUAUUUUGUUGGAAUUGUUGGAUGACGGUGUUCAAAAGAGUCACAU